CCCUCGGGGCCCUGGAGCAAUCAAUCUCCCAGGCUGCUUCAGCUUUCCCGUUGGCCUCAAAUGCUGGGUUGCCGCUUAAGCUGGAGCCAGAAGUGCUGCUGCUGCUGCUCAGGGAAAGUAACCGGGGAGUCCCCUUGCUGCCCAUCGAGAGACAGAGAAGAUGAUGACCUCGAGCUACUGGAGUGAGAGCAGUAGCAGCAGCAGCUGCCGGGGCCCCCCCCAGCGGCCGGAGCCCCUGCAGAUGCCCGGCGGCCCGCCGUGCCCGCCCCACCAGUACCACUGUCACCACCAAGCGAGCCAGGUCCAACAACAGCCGGAAAAGAACGUGGUGUUCGAGCGAGUGCGGACCUACAGCGGCCCCGUGAACAAGGUGGUCCAGGCCCUGGAGCCCAUUGGCUCUCCCGCCGAAGUGCUCUCCCCUCUCCGAACUUCGUCUUCUUACCAAAACUUGGUCUGGUCGGGUGAGCACCCGCAGGAGCUCCAUUCUCCAACACUGAAAGUAGCUACUUGUGCCCCGAAUACUCUGCAUGUAACCCAUAAUGUCGAACAGGAACUUCAUUCUCCAACAGUGAAAGUGACCACUUAUCCACAGACCACCAUCAGGAGAUAUAUCGUGCAAAAUCCUGAUCAGGAACCGCUGUCUCCAUUUUUAAGAGGAGGACAUUUUUUUCCAGGAAACAAUGUCAUUUAUGAAAAGACAGUAAGAAAAGUUGAGAAGUUAAAUCCUGAUCAGGAAUGCUACCCUCAGAUUCAGUGUCAACAUCACGUCGUGCAGCAGCCCCAGAUUAUUCAGACUCAGCUCUGCCCGCCAUCCCAUUCUACCCAGCAAACCCAAGUCAUCACGGGAAGUAAUUCAAUGGCUAUGAACACUGGCAAUGAACUGUGCUACGGUGGAUCACACCAAACACACGAGCAGGUGACUAUUGUUCAGGAGGAUGGCCCUGAAAAACUGGACCCCAAGUAUUUUGGUGAACUGCUUGCUGACUUGAGCCGCAAGAACACGGACCUCUAUCAGUGCUUACUGGAGCAUUUGCAAAAAAUAGGAGGAAGUAAACGGGACCUUGACUGCACAGAUGAGUCAGAAGACAUAGAAGCCUUGAUUCCUAAAGGGCUCUCAGAGUUCACAAAACAGCAAAUCCGCUACAUCCUGCAGAUGAGAGAGAUCUCCAACAAGUCUCUGCGGCUGGUGCUGUCCACCUUCAGCAAUAUACGGGAAGAACUUGGUCAUCUCCAAAAUGACUUGGCGUCCCUGGAAAAUGACAAAUUAAGACUUGAGAAAGACCUGGCAUUCAAAGAGACUCAGAUAAAGGAGUACGAAGCACUCCUGGCAUCAGUGAGAGCCAAUAACCGCCAGCAGCAGCAAGGACUACAGGACUCUAACUCAAAAUGUCGGACUUUGGAGGAAACCAUUCUCUCUCUCCGCCACGGCCAGUCGGAUAUGGAAUACAGACUAAAGGAAUUAGAAUACUGUAAAAGAAAUCUGGAACAAGAGAAUAAAAACCUUCGACUACAGGUAUCUGAGACCUGUACCGGCCCCGCGCUGCAGGCUAAAAUGGACGAGAUUGGAAGCCAUUAUAUGGAAAUGGUGAAAAACUUGAGAAUGGACAAGGAUCGAGAAAUCUGCAAGCUGAGGGCACAACUGAACCAGUUCCAAAAGGAUGUUUCUAGAAAGGAAGGAAGUUGCAGUGACUACCAGCUUAAGCUUCAUGAACUGACAAGUUUGCUGGAAGAGAAGGAUUGCCUUAUAAAGAGACAGUCAGAGGAACUCUCCAAAUUGAGGCAAGAAAAAUAUUCAUCCCAUAAUCAGACCUUGGGUGCUGGAAGGACCACUAUCACCACCACUAAAAAAUACAGAACCCAAUAUCCAAUUCUGGGGCUUCUUUAUGACGACUAUGAAUACAUCCCCCCAAGCAGCGACACCCAGACCAUUGUCAUCGAAAAGACAGAAGACAAAUGGACUAGUAGUCCAUGAAUUUAGCGGCAGCCAUCCAAAGUUCACCCGGUGACCGUGCCACUACUCACGUGAUGGAAAAUGGAAGCAGCUAAGGUCAUUCCACAUUCCGAACCAUGACCACACCUGACCUGCCUAAUGAAAAUAAGAAGCUCUGUAAAUGGCAGUUUUUCCUCAUGUCUUUACAAUGGGAAAAGGGAAGGUUUGCCUAAGUUUUUACUGCAGACAAACCGAGAGCAUGCUCUCCUUAGACUAAGGUACUUUUUGGGACAGGGACUUUUUCUAUUCUGUCAUUUUCCCCCAGAUGAUAAAGAGCAUGCAUCUUCACUUCAGAUAAUACUUUUCAAUUUAAGAGAGGUGGAGGGCAUACAAUUUAAUCAGUAGCUAUGUUUUAGGGCUUGGAUUUUUUUUUCCCUCCCUUUAUAUAUGUAUCUCUUGAAGACAACUCAGGUGAUGGUUUGCUUUAGUUCACGAAAGAACAAGGCUGGGACUUCUCAAGACCUUAAUUAGUCAGGUAAUUUCACAAAACUUCAAGAAAUCAAGUAAUGAUAUACCACACCCCUGUCCCCUUUUCCAAGAAGCGAUUCAAAAGCGAGUCAACUCGAUUCGGUGACUGUGCUAUGAUAGUUCCCUGGCUUAUAGAUAACUUCACUUCAUUGUACAAAAAUGGACGCGGCAGCAGCAACUUAUUCCUGCUUUAUAUACCCAACUUACUCGUGCACCCGAAAACAUCCAUUUCUGGCAAAAAUCAAUUAUACUGUUUGCAUAUCUGCAUUUAACUUUCCAGUUCAAGAAAUAUUUCAGAUGAUUGGAAAAAGCAACACACACUUCUCAUCCCGUCUUGCUACAUACAUUGUCAAUGUGGUGCACAGUUUAUAAGGAAAUAUUAUUGGGGUCAUGGUUUUCACUUCAGUUUAAAUCUGAUAAAACUGGGAAUUGUAGCAAAAGCAGGUUUUCUUGAGAGAAGCGUUCUGGAUUUCUUUCUAAAAGUUUAGGUGUACACAAGAGGUUACAGGCCCUGUAGGUAAUCCUUCUAUGUAACGAAUAAUCAAAGCCUUAGAACGAAGCAAAGUAGAUGCUAUGAAGUGAGCUCGGUGUUUGAAAAUUCUAACCCGUGUCAUUUUCCUUACCUUGAGACAAGAAAGAGAGUAGCUGCUCUGUUCCAGGGUGUGUCACCAUACCCACCGAGUGGGUGCCACAAGACAGUGUCGCUGCUAUUAGAAUCAAGGCCUUUCAGCUGCUGCAAAUUUAAGAAAACAGCCUCCCUCCCCCCCAAAAGAACAAACCAAUCUGAGACAGUCUAAGGUGGACCCACCUUCUGAAAUUCCAUGGUAUGUGUGUUACCAUUUUAAAGGUCUGUGGUUCUUAAUUCAGUUUGUGAUGAAGAGCAAUAAAUCUGGCUGAAGAGGCCUUUUCUCUUCACAGGCUAAAUCUCUGCAAAUUGCAAAGAUAGUGUCAGGAUUAAAUGGGAUUUGAUUAUCUGUUAACCUUUCAAAUUUAAUAAAGUGGAAAAUGGCAUAUGGGGAAAAAAAAA